CAUCUUUAACCUGUACCACCACUACGAACCCGGUAUUUGCACAAUUAAAUCACGAUUUUUUCUAGCACAUGCAGUAUGAUCGCAACUGCAUCUACGCAGAAUCUUGAGGACGCAGCUAAUUUGGCCGGCGAAUUCAUCUACAGUCUCGACUAUCUUCCGCACGAGGUGAAGCAUUAUCUUGAAGAGAUUAAGCAUAAGGACUUUCGCGUCCAAGAAUUACAGCAACAAAUCGACGUUGACAGUGCUCGAUGGAUCAAACACAGUUUACGUGGAAGCGUGACACCCUCACAAGAGUUCUCUCCAUCCCCCUCCCCAUCACCAAGCUCAAAGUCUACCGCCAAUAUACCGUACAAGAUCCAACUGGGCUAUACAGAAAUUGAGAAGCUCUCCAACGAGAAAAUGGCUCUGGCUGAAAAGAUAACGAGUUUGCUUGCGCGGACUCGUUAUCGUCUGGAGUCCGACAUCAACAAAGUUCGAAUCUUGCAAGGCGAAGCUCCCGCAACCGAAACAAUUUCUGCUAGAGGCGUUUCAGCAACGCCGAGCUUGAGUGGGACCUCUUUUCAUGUUACUAGCCAAUUGCAUGCAAAUGACGCUGCAGCGAGUCUCAGCGAAAGUCUUCGACUCGCACUGGCACCGCCCCCUUCCGCUGCCGAAAUUCGAAAGUCUGUAAUUACGACUGCCUCAACGAGGAGGCAAGGUCGAUCUACGGCUUCGCCAUCCAUCAAGCUCUCCGCAGGCGGCAGUCGUUCAAUCUCCCCCGCCGCAACCGCACCAACGAAAGCUACUACUUCUCGGUCAAGUCGUCUGUCACGUCAAAUACACCCUCCCCCUCCUGCAGACGAUGACAUUGAAAUGGGCGACGAAGACGCUGAAGGUGAGGAUGAUGUUGACGAAGCAGAUGACGGUGAGGAUGCCGACGACGACAAGCUGUACUGCUUCUGUCAAAGGAGUAGCUAUGGGGAUAUGAUUGCAUGCGAUAAUGAGGGCAACUGUCCCUAUGAAUGGUUUCAUCUGUCCUGUGUGGGUCUGAGUAAACCGCUCCCGGACAAAUGGUAUUGCUCCGUGUGCUCCAUCAAGAUGCCAGUGGCUGUCACUACUGUUACUGUAGGCAGGAAGGGAAGGAAGAAAUAGGGUUUUUCUCGGGAAGGGAGAUGAGACGCAGUAUCCUUAUUAUUCAAUUGAUUGAUCAUUGUAUAGUACGAUGGACUCAAGUAUCGUGUUAUUAUCUCGAUAUUGAUGUAUGUAUUUCGAAACAACUUUCAUUCUGACUAUGUAUGCACUUAUAGUUACCUGGAAUAAAACUUGCUGUAAGCUUAA